GAGACUGAGCGACCUGCGCUACAGUUAUAACGCGGAGCUGGAGGCUCUCGGUGCAUCAGUUGCUCAGGGAACAGACUGAGGCAGUAACUCACUGACAGACACUGACGGAGCGGACAGUUUGACGGCGAAGGAUGAAGAUUAAAACACAUCCUGGCAGGGAAUAGAUGAGGUGUCGAGUUGCGCUUCUCGCGUUGUUUCACCAAUAAAUCCAAAAAUCAAGAGGAGAACGAGGUUGGGGAAGACCGCGGUUUGAGAGUGUCAGCAGCAAGCAGAACAGAACAGAUGGGAGGGAGCUGAGACGGCAGAAGGACAAAGCGUCAGGAUUAGCACAUCGAUGGGUGAAGUCUCGCUUCCCGGGCUGGAGAUGAUGGAUGAGAUGUGGGAGAACAGAAGCUACGCUAGCCCCUUGCCCGGUCUCCCCCCGUUUCUGCUCAUGUUCAACGGCAGCGAUCUGAACGAGACGCUGCUGAACUCCACCAACUCCACCGCUCAAGACAUCUCUACAGGUCCCAGUGUGGCGGGCGUCCUCAUCCCACUCAUAUACAUCAUUGUCUGUAUCAUCGGCUUGGGUGGAAACACAUUAGUGGUUCACAUUGUGCUGCACUACUCGAAGAUAGAGUCGGUCACCAACAUUUACAUCCUCAACUUGGCCAUCGCCGACGAGCUCUUCAUGCUCAGCCUGCCCUUCCUGGCGGUGCAGAACACCCUGCAGUCGUGGCCCUUCGGCUCCUUCAUGUGCCGCCUGGUCAUGACCGUCGACUCCAUCAACCAGUUCACCAGCAUCUUCUGCCUGACGGUGAUGAGCAUCGAUCGCUACCUCGCUGUCGUUCACCCUAUUCGUUCUUCAAAGUGGCGGCGCCCUCAGGUGGCCAAGGUGGUGAACGGCACCGUGUGGGCGCUGUCGUUUCUUGUCGUUCUGCCUGUGGUCAUCUUUGCCAACAUCCAGAAGGCAGGAGGCACCUGCAACAUCGCCUGGCCUCAGCCGGCAAAUAUCUGGAGAGCGGCCUUCAUCAUCUACACUUCCACUGUUGGAUUCUUCUGCCCUCUUCUCAUCAUCUGCCUCUGUUACCUGCUCAUUGUUGUCAAGAUCCGCAGCUCGGGUAAGAAAGUCCACGCCACCUCCACCAAGCGCAGGAAGUCGGAGCGGAAAGUGACGCGCAUGGUUGUGAUUGUCGUUGCCGUGUUUGUCUUCUGCUGGCUGCCCUUCUACGCCCUCAAUAUCAUCAACCUGCUGGUGUCCCUGCCCCCAGAGUACCAGGGCCUUUACUAUUUUGUCGUAGUGCUCGGUUACGCCAACAGCUGCGCCAACCCCAUCGUCUACGGCUUCCUGUCAGACAACUUCAAGAGGGGUUUCCGGAAAGCGCUCUGCCGCUCCACGAGGAAGGUGGAGAACCACGAGCCCAUGGAGCGCCAACAACAGGAGGAGGAAGGGAGGAGGGCGCUCAUGCCCAGGGAGAGCCUGAGACGGGCGAUCAGGGACGUAGAGGAGGAAGAUGAGGAGGACGUCUCAGAAAUGACUGAGAUCUACAGAAUCGCCCAGAAUGGAAACAGCAGCUUCCAGCCACAAAGCUCGCAGCCGCUGUUCUCAGAGAAAGGAGCGACACCGGGAGCAACAGAGCUGUCGUCCCCGGACAAGAAGGACAAAGCUGGGGACGCGAAGGGGAAAGAUCCCGUGAAUGGGUCCAUGCUGACUGUCCCAUUGCUUCUCAAUGGAGCCAAAAAUGGGAGCAUCAAAACUCUGCCAGAAGAAAACCUGGAACAGAGCACCUCAUUGGAGAUAAGUUAUUUAUAGUGUACAAUGAGGUCUUGAAGCUUAUGUUACUUGAAGUGAACUCAGUAUUACAACACAGGGUGGCCUGCCUCUAAUCCACAACACAGAGCUGUUUGUAAUGAAGCAAAAAGCUCAUUAAUGAACAUUAGAAAAAACCCAGACAGGGUUUAGAGUUGCUUUUUUUGAUCAAUGGGCUCAAAGGAGUCGGUAAAGAUUUACCAACAUUCAGAAUGUAUGUUUAUAAUGUGUAUAAUGUGUACAUAUGCAUGGUUGAAUGUACAAUUGUGUGCCUUUCUUUACUGUCAUCACAUGUAUCUUUGUAUUUUAAACCUUUUAAUUCCAUAAUGUGACCAUCAUUUGCUCAGAUUUUACUGUAUUUAAGCUUAUGUCACUUCACAGUAGUUAAAGAGUACAUGUGUAUUCCUUUAUUUUCAAUGGAACUCCCAUGGCUGCAACACCUGUGUCCUAGAAAUUCUGUUUAUAUACAACUAAUUUGUUUUGCCAGUUAUGUUUAAGGGAAAUGUCAGGUUCACAUGUGGUUUAAGGUCGGUGAAAGAUUGGAAAUGAAACGAAUGAAUAUGUUAAUAUUUUGCGACUUUGCAGGUAUGUUCAUGUUCAAGUUUCCUCAUUAUGUUGAUAAAUAACAAUCAGGGCAGGAUUAUUUUUAGUUCAAAACAUACUGUAUUUGCUAUAUAUAAAUAUGAUUUCUAAGAGGAUUUGUUGGCCUUCAUAUGUUCUCGUUGAUUAUUAACAAGCACUGUAUAUGAAUAUUAGCUGAUGUAUAUAGCUUACACUGAGGCCCUGACUCUGGGUGUUGUCAGAAGCUUUGUUGAAGCUGAAAUUGUGACUUUGUGAAGGAGUUGAUUUUUCUCUUACAUUUAGUUGGAAAACACAGUAUUUCCUGAAAACCUGAAGUAUAGCGCAAAAAUGUUGGACAGAAGCUCAGAUUUCAAAGCUGCUUUAUUGCACAUUUGAUGACUUGAGACAAAAAAACUAACGUGUGCUGCCUGCAGAUUCUACAUCAGGAUGGAUCAGGAAAUGUGGAAUGGCAGCAGUAUUGUUUUAAUCCUUUUUCUUUAUUGUACUCUAAAAGAAAAAAAUGUUUCUUGUACCGUAGUGUAAUUUUAAAAGGAGCUAUUUGUAAGUUUUGCUAUUGCUACAUAACCAACAUUAGCGUUAUCAGCGGUUUACUUACCACUCUAGAAGAAACGUUGUGAGUUCAGCAGCAAAUUUCAUUCCUUUACUCACCAACAGCUGUCUCCAGAGGUGGAAAGAAACCCCUUUGUUCUGCUUGUAUUUCUAUUAUUUCAAUUCUUUUACUGAAGUUAGCAUGCUAACCAGCUAGCCCCAGCUCAAUUGGACCGUCUCGUCACUCUCGGAUACCGAGUCACUGUAGCAUCCACUACUCAAUAACAGCUGCUAAUGACAAGCAAAACUUACAUAUAGCUCCUUUAAUCAGCCCAAUGUUGAUUAAACACUAAUUCUAGAGGAAAAAUUUUGUAUAACAAUGACUGAUAUUGAAAGAGAAUCAUUUUACCAUUUUGUUAUCAGAAAAGAACCUGGAGGUGGAAAACUGGGUGAUUUACUAAUUCAGGAAUGUGAGUUAUCAAGUAGAACAAACUCGGACUAUAAAUUACAGUGUUAGGAUCACAGUGGCUUUGUGGUGGUGUGUGGUAUAGUAGAGUGUUUCCAUUGUGAUACAGAUUGAAACUGACACAUAUUCCUGAAACAAUAACACGCACAGUGUAUUGUUAUUCUUUAUCAGACAUAUUCAAGGAUUCCACUACAUCUUUGCAACAUGUGGUUAAGACUACUUACAUAAAUUCUAGCACCCGACUGCCUGAAUGAACUGCUGGCUGUCAUGUUGCAUUGUGGGUAAUGUACUCUCCAGGUUUUGAUGAAGAAGGAGAACGAGCACUGAGAAAUAACAAACAUCCUUACAUGU